CGCACAACACACGGACACAACACAACUUCUUUGCUGAUAGCACGUGCAACCAAGAGGAAGAUAUUGGCGACACGUGCUGGGAGAUAAUCUACGCUGCAUACCCUCUGUCUCAUCAUGCGGAAGUCGGGGGUCAAAUUCGGCCUAAUUGGGACGGCUUCCUCCCUGAAGAAGGCCUCAUCAUCAGCAGCAGGAGCAGCAGGCAAGGGGCGCCCGAUAGGGUCCAAGCCGGCACCGCGACGACGCCCGCCAGGCUCGACGUCGGUCUUCGACACAAACUCGGACGAUGAAGAGGAGGAAUCCAAGGGAGACCUCAGCGGCGUGACGGCGGUGAACAAGAGGCUGGCGGCGAUAUCGGCCAAGCAGGAGAAGCAGGCGAAGAAGGAGUACGAGGACGCCCUGCAGGCCGACCCGUCCGUGUUCGACUACGACCGCGUGUACGACGGCAUGAAGGAGAGCCGCGAGUCCAAGGUUGCGGCAGCGACGGUGGCGCGCGAGAAGGAAAAGAGGCAGCCCAAGUACAUCGGCAACCUCCUCAAGCAGGCCAAGAUGAGGGCGGUGGAGUCGGACCGCAUCUUCGACAGGAAGUUGCAGAAGGAGAGAGAGGCGCAAGACAAGUUGGAAGGCGAGGCGACGAUGAAAUUCGUCACGUCCGCCUACAAGAAGAAGCUCAUGGAGCAGAAGAAGUGGGAGCUCCAGCAGCAGCUGGAGGACGAGAGGGAGCAGCGGAACGACGUCACCAAGACGGGCAUGGGCGGGUUUUACUCGAACCUCAUCACCAAGAACAUCGCCAUGGGCGGCGACGUCGAGAAGUCCGCCAAUAGCGCCUUCACCGCGGGUUCCAAGCGGCACGCUGCCACGGACGAAUACGAAAUGCAGGACGGAAACGAACAGGCAGCAGCAACAGCCAAAAGAAAAGGGGCCGCCGCCGCCGCAGCCGCCGCCAGCGAAGGGGGCCCCGCGAACGGCGCCAGCCAGGUGGGUAGGGAUGGGGGCGAAGCAGACAGCAGUCCGGGGAGAACCGACGAGUCCGGCGGCCCCACGGCUAGGAUGGUCGACCCCCACGCCGGAGAACAGAAGAAAAGCACAAGAGACGAAGCGGGGGUGCGAGAUUCUGAGCGGAGCGGCCGACGACGAGACGAUUCAGGUGAGGCCGUGGACAACGUGGCGAAGCGGGCUCGCCUUGCGGGAGAGGCGUCGGAUGGCGGGGUAGAGCAGCGGCAGGAUGAGAGAACAGCCGAGGAGAAAAGCGCGGCGGAGGCCGCGGACAAGGCACGGGAGGCCGCGGCCGCGAAGGCGAAGAAGGAGGCGGCCGUCAGGGCGGCUCGGGAGCGAUUCCUUGCGAGAAAGAAGGCCGCAUGAAGGAACACGACAAAACAACAAUGCGGCGACUGCUGUGCUUGGUAGCAGGAGCUGUGGAAGUGAUUGUAAAUAUGCCCGUUGUGUCGCAGAGGGUAUCGUAGCAUGGCUGGAGACGUAUAGUGAUCAAAAUUCGUUCCCGUCUGCAGUGAUUUUGUCGUACUCCUGCCGCUGGCUGAGCGUAUGUUGGCCUCGAAUGAGGGCCUGUUGGGCUUUUCGGCCGAAAUACGCGCGUCUCCCGGCAUUCAGGUAGCAAAUUUAAACCAACGUGUACCGUAUUAUUGUUCACCUCAUCACCAAGCCUGGCAUGAUGCGGUGAAGACACGCUUGAUGUUCACCUCUUGUCCUCCUGGUUGGUGCGGAUGGCGCAUGGGCGAACUACCUCGAUUGACUCAUAAGAUCAAGGGUACAACUCAUAACGGAUGGUUUACGCUCCGUAGUUUAUGAUAACGAUUAAAAAACUUGUCCUCGUGCACGGCAAUAUCUCCGACCGUUGUGACCGUUCACGUUAUUCGAGCACCCCUGCAAAAAUUUCGUUGUGGAAAGAUGAGCCUCUUCGUUCUUUUAUUUUCUGAAUGAAGCGUCACGAGGAGGCACCUCUGUGUCGAAACACCAGUCAACCCACACAGCAAACAACGUCGACGGUCACGAUCAAAUCGACCACUACGACUGGGGGGUCUAAUAGACCAAGCAAACCGCGUUUCUGCAAACCCGCCAAUCACUACGGCUUCGCGAACCCGGCUAGGGCUUGCAGAAAUCCCGUGCGACCAAAAAUUAGACAACCCGGAUGGAGAAACGCCGCAUCGCCUACAGAAACGCACCC